AUGUUGCGAAGUGUUUCUACACGAUUGUUCUCGACCUCGAGAUUAGUUGCAUCGGAGAUCAAGACGCAGAAAGCGGUAGGAAUUGAUUUUUAACGAGAUUUCAUGGUUUUUUCUUUUUCUAGGUAAACGAUUUGUUCUCUGAGCAACCGGAAGAGAAAAGACGACACGCUUUCAGUAUCAAUAAAGUCGAAUUAGUUGGCGGUGUCGCUGUUGAUCCAAUCUACAGAACUGGAAAGAACAACAAAUCCUACUUGCUCUUCAAUCUUAUCACAAAUCACAGCUUCAAAACACACGAUGGUAAUUAUGUGGAUCAAACUGAGAGACAUACAGUGACAGUGUUCGGUAAUCGUGCCGAAGAAUUGUUCAAAUCGAUCAAAAAGGGCAAUCGAUUGAAUGUUCAAGGAAGAUUGCAUUAUUCGGGCGGUCAAAAGGAUGAGGCGGGAAAUCGUACGCAAAGAAACACUUAUAUUAUUGCCAAUCAUGUUGAGCAUGUUACAAGACCGGUUUCGGAGAAUAAAUCGGAAUAG